AUGACACGAUCAGAGCAAUAUUUCGACACCAUCACCAAAGUGAUCUGCAUUGUGUUCCUUAUCGCUCAGAGCUACUCAAUGCCCGCUACUGAUACUGCAUCGAAAACGGACAACAAAAACAGUAGCAAGACGGAAUUUUUCGCGUACCCCGCCGAAGAGUCGGCCAUAGAAUCGAAGCAAAAUGCUCGGAACCGUACACCCCUCUACAUUCCGGAACGAUGCGCCGAAAACGAAAUCCUCUAUCCGGGGGACCAUGAGCACGAUUGGGUUUGCGACUGUAAGCCAACGUUCGUGUAUCAUCCGCAAGAGCAAAAGUGCUAUCAAAUGUACACCAAAGGAUUCUGCCCGACUGGGAAGAUCAUUUACAUCGAACCGAAUGGUAAAAACCCGGUCUGCAUAUUGAACCACUGCCAGGACGGCGAGGUGUUCUUUAUCGACGGAUGUGCGAAACUGAACCAAGAGCACAGCAAUUGCACUGUUGCCGAGAUUAAGAUGGUGGUGGGCAUUAACGAAGCCACGCACCAGCUGGAGUGUGUGAACAUUUCCGAUGUAAAGUUCAAUCGAACACUGAUCAACAACUCGCGAAACUAG